AUGCCAUAUCAAAUCGCGAUAUUCAGAGACAUCAGGGUGAUGUCAUCACCACACCAAUAUCUUCUCCAAAAUUCUCAAUCUUUAAAUCCCGAGAAUGUUAGCAGAUUAUCCAACUCUCUCUCUCUCUCUCUCUCUCUCUCUCUGGAAGAGAAAAUGGAGAUAUCACUUGCAGCGGUGACAAUUUCAAUAGCUAUAGCUGUUGUGUCGUGGUGGGUAUGGAGAACUCUAAAGUGGGUUUGGUUUAAACCAAAGAUGAUCGAGAGUUACCUGAGAAGACAAGGUCUUUCCGGUACUCCUUACACGCCUCUCGUCGGCGACCUGAUGAGGAAUUCCAGCAUGAUGGCGGAGGCAAGAUCAAAACCCAUCAAACUAACGGAUGAUAUCCGACCACGUGUUGUGCCUUAUCCCUUGCAAAUGCUCAAGACUCACGGAAGGACUUUCUUUACAUGGUUUGGGCAUAUACCAACCGUCACUAUAAUGGAUCCUGAGCAGAUCAAGGAAGUGUUCAACAAGGUUUAUGAUUUCCCGAAGACUCAUGCAUUCCCUUUGGGCAGAUUGAUAGCCGCUGGACUCGUUAGUUAUGAUGGCGAUAAAUGGGCCAAACACCGAAGAAUCAUCAAUCCGGCUUUCCAUCUUGAGAAGAUCAAGAUUAUGGUACCUGCUUUCCACCAGAGCUGCAGCGAAGUUGUUGGCGAAUGGGACAAGUUAGUGUCGGAGAAAGGGUCUUCCUGUGAGGUGGACGUUUGGCCUGGGCUUGUGAGUUUGACUGCUGAUGUAAUCUCUCGUACUGCUUUCGGAAGUAGCUACAAAGAAGGGCAGAGGAUAUUUGAGCUGCAAGCAGAACUUGGAGAGCUUAUUAUCAAAGUCUUUCGGAAAGUUGUCAUCCCUGGAUAUAUGUAUCUCCCGACCAAGGACAAUAGAAGGAUAAAAGCAGCAGCCAGAGAAGUACAAGUUAUACUGAGAGGCAUCGUUGACAAAAGGUUAAGGGCGAGGGAAGCUGGGGAAGCACCAUGCGACGAUUUGCUUGGUAUACUUCUUGAAUCGAAUAGGAUGCAAGCCAAGGGAAAUGGAAUGAGCAUUAAGGAAGUGAUGGAGGAGUGCAAGUUGUUCUAUUUCGCUGGGCAGGAGACAACUACAGUACUUUUGGUCUGGACAAUGGUUCUCUUGAGCCAACACCAAGACUGGCAAGCUCGGGCACGAGAAGAAGUGAAGCAAGUUUUUGGUGAUAAGGAACCUGAUGCAGAUGGCCUGAAUCAUCUCAAAGUUAUGACGAUGAUACUGUAUGAGGUCCUUAGGCUAUAUCCCCCAGUAACACAGGUGACCAGAACCAUUCACAAAGAGACGAAGCUAGGGGACCUGACGCUACCAGCUGGCGUUCACAUCAGUCUACCUAUUCUCUUAGUCCAACGCGACACCGAGCUGUGGGGCGACGAUGCAGCGGAGUUCAAGCCCGAGAGGUUCAGUGAAGGUCUCUCAAAGGCGACCAAGAGCCAAGUCUCCUUCUUUCCCUUCACAUGGGGACCAAGAGUCUGCAUUGGCCAGAAUUUCGCCCUGCUUGAGGCGAAGAUGGCGAUGUCAUUGAUUCUACAGAGAUUCUCCUUCGAGCUUUCUCCGUCCUAUGUUCAUGCGCCUUACCCAAUCAUCACAAUUCACCCAGAGUUUGUAACUAUCAGUCUCGUGAUGUGGUGGACAUGGAAAACUCUGAAGUGGGUUUGGCUAAAACCUAAGAUGUUGGAGCUUUACUUGAGAGGACAAGGUCUACCAGGAACUCCUUACACGCCUCUUGUCGGAGAUUUCAGGAACUUCAGAGUUUUAAUGAAGGCAAGAACCAAACCCAUCAAUCUAACAGAUGAUAUCAUCCCACGUGUCAUGCCUGUAACUCUACACAUGCUCCAAACUCACGGAAGGACUUUCUUCACAUGGCUUGGUCCUACACCAAUCAUCUCAAUAAUGGAUCCAGAGCAGAUCAAACAAGUGUUCAACAGAGUUUACGAUUUUCAGAAACCACAUACGCUCCCCUUAGCUAGAUUGAUAGCCACUGGACUGGUUUUCUCUGAUGGAGAUAAAUGGGCCAAACACAGGAGAAUCAUUAACCCGGCUUUCCACCGUGAUAAGAUCAAGAAUAUGGUCCCUACGUUUCAUAGAUGUUGCAUCGAGGUUGUGAGCGAAUGGGAGAAGCUAGUUUCAGAUAAAGGGACUUCGUGUGAGGUUGAUGUUUGGCCAUGGCUAUUGAAUCUUUCUGCGGAUGUGAUCUCUCGUACUGCUUUUGGUAGCAGUUAUAAACAAGGGCAGAGGAUAUUUCAGCUUCAAGCAGAACUAGCACAGCUUAUCAUAUUAUCUGUUCAGAAAACUUACAUCCCUGGAUGGCAGUAUCUCCCUACAAAGAGUAACAGAAGGAUGAUAGCAAUAGACCGAGAGAUCCAAGCUAUCCUGAGAAGGAUUAUUAGUAAUCGGGAAACGGCGAUAGAAGCUGGAGAAGCACCGAGCGAUGAUUUGCUGAGUAUACUUCUUGAAUCAAAUUUGGGACAAGCACAAGGAGAUGGAAUGAGCAUUGAGGAUGUCAUAGAGGAGUGCAAGUUGUUUUAUAUAGCCGGGCAAGAGACAACUUCUGUACUUUUGGUUUGGACAAUGGUUUUGUUAAGCCAACACCAAGACUGGCAGGACCGUGCACGUGAAGAAGUGAUGAAAGUGUUUGGCAAUAAAGAACCUGACACUGAAGGCAUGAACCAACUCAAAGUUGUGACGAUGAUACUAUAUGAGGUCCUUAGGCUAUAUCCUCCAGUGAUCCAGCUGAACAGAGCCGUUCACAAAGAGAUGAAACUCGGAGAUCUGACAGUACCAGGUGGUGUUCAGAUCAAUCUGCCUGUUCUACUUGUCCAACGUGACACUGAGCUGUGGGGAGACGAUGCAGCGGAGUUCAAGCCUGAGAGGUUUCAAGAAGGUCUCUCAAAGGCAACAAAGAGCCAAGUCUCAUUCUUCCCCUUUGGAUGGGGACCAAGGAUCUGCAUCGGCCAGAGUUAUGCUCUGUUGGAGGCAAAGAUGGCGAUGGCAUUGAUUCUACAUAGAUUCUCCUUCGAGCUCUCUCCUUCCUAUGUUCAUGCGCCUUACACGGUCAUCACCCUUCACCCACAGUUUGGCGCUCACCUUCUCCUCCAUCAAGCAAGAGGAGUGCCAUUAGAUUAAUAUACUCCAAGGUCCUUCAAGAGGAACCAUUGUUUCCGAUUAUAUUUUAUUCCGCUUGUCUUGUUUAGAUAUCCUUAUAAUAAUAUACAAGUGUGAACUUCUCGUAACAAUUAACUAAAAAAACAUACUAGCGUUGGGGAAAGAAAGAAAAAAAGUUAGUGGGCUAGUCCUAACUUAGUACACGAGUAUUUUUUGAAAGAAAGAAGAAAAAGAGUACGUACAUAGUCACAUCACAUGCACAGUGCCAUUCAAUUAUUAUAAUUAUAAAAGCAACAAUUUGGUAGCGGACAAAGAAAUGUCAAAAGGUCAAACGUUCAAGCAUUUCCUCCUACGCAAGUUAUGGCCAUCACACAACUCCAAAUUUGCUUCUUUCAUCUUUACAUAUGACUGUAUUAAAGUACUAUGACAUCAGGUGUGAUGUCAUCACCACCUCCAGUAUAUAUAUCCCGAAAAUGUAAUCACCACAUCCAUCUCUCUCUCUCUCGAACUCUUCUCUGAGAAGACAAGGUCUUUCCGGUACUCCUUACACGCCUCUUGCCGGCGAUUUCAAGAGGAAUUUCAGCAUGUCAAUGGAGGCAAAGUCCAAACCCAUCAAUCUUACGGAUGACAUCGUCCCACGUGUCUUGCCAUUCCCAUUGCACAUGCUCAAGACUUACGGAAGGACUUUCUUUACAUGGCGUGGACCUAUACCAACCAUCACCAUUAUGGAUCCUGUGCAAAUCAAGGAAGUGUUCAACAAAAUUUAUGAUUUCCAGAAGCCACAUACAUUCCCUUUCAGCAGACUGAUAGUCAGUGGACUCUUUAGUUACGACGGUGAGAAAUGGGCAAAACACCGAAAAAUCAUCAACCCGGCUUUCCACCUUGAGAAGAUCAAGAAAAUGGUACCUGCUUUCCACCAGAGCUGCAGCGAGGUUGUUGUCAAAUGGGACACGUUAGUGUCGGAGAAAGGGUCGUCCUGUGAGGUGGACGUCUGGCCUUGGCUUGUGAGUAUGACUGCAGAAGUGAUCUCUCGUACUGCUUUUGGCAGCAGCUACAAAGAAGGGCAGAGGAUAUUUGAGCUCCAUGCGGAACUAACACAGCUCGUUGUAUUAUCUGUUCAGAAGGCUUUCAUCCCUGGAUAUAGAUAUCUCCCAACGAAAGGUAAUACAAGGAUGAAAGCAGCAGCCAGAGAAGUUGAAGUUAUACUGAGAGGGAUCGUAAACAAAAGGGAAAGGGCCAGAGAAGCUAGGGAAGCACCAAGCGACGAUUUGCUGGGUAUACUUCUUGAAUCUAAUUUGGGCCAAGCUAAAGGAAACGGACUGAGCACUGAGGAUGUCAUUGAGGAGUGCAAGCUGUUCUAUUUUGCCGGGCAAGAGACAACUUCAGUACUUCUGGUCUGGACGAUGGUUCUGUUAAGCCAACACCAAGACUGGCAAGCGCGCGCACGAGAAGAAGUGAAGCAAGUUUUUGGUGAUAAAGAACCUGAUGCAGAAGGCCUGAACCAUCUCAAAGUUAUGACGAUGAUACUGUAUGAGGUCCUUAGGCUAUAUCCACCAGUAGCUCAGCUGAACAGAGCCAUUCACAAAGAGAUGAAGCUAGGCGACCUGACGCUACCAGGCGGCGUACAGAUCAGUGUACCUAUUCUUCUAGUCCAACGCGACACCGAGCUGUGGGGCGACGAUGCUGCAGAGUUCAAGCCUGAGAGGUUCGAAGACGGUAUCUCAAAGGCAACAAAUAACCAGGUCUCCUUCUUUCCCUUUGCGUGGGGACCGAGGAUCUGCAUUGGUCAGAAUUUUGCUCUGUUGGAGACAAAGAUGGCGAUGGCUUUGAUUCUGCAGAGGUUCUCCUUUGAGCUUUCUCCUUCUUAUGUUCAUGCGCCUUAUACAGUCUUCACCCUUCACCCACAGUUUGGUGCUCAUCUUAUCCUGCACAAGCUAUAAUUCCCUAAACAUAUGUGAUGUUUUCAAACGAAGUUGCUGCUAUACAUAGGAGAAAAUAAGAAUUCAGUUACAGAAAUGAAGGGAAAGUUAGAGCAGACUCUCAGAUUUUUUAGACACAAUAGAAUAUUUGAAUUUAAUUUUUUUUUUUCCAAGCAUAUUUUCCUAUCAUACCCAAGCCGGAGCAGUAGAACUAAAUCAAACUCAAAAGCUUCUACAAGAUAUCUAUAUUACUAAAAGUUUUACAUUCUUGUUCUCGAUAACCCGUUACAUUUCAGUUCAAUCCAGAUAUAUCCCUACUGUAAUGUCAAACUUUAAGGCAAGCCACUUGGACUCAUAAGUAAUCGCAGAAGAAAACAAAAAAAAGGACAAAUUCAGGUGAAAGACAAAAGAACAAGAAGCCUCAAAAUCGUCGAAAAUAGGUACCUUUUGGGCUAAAACAAAGCAAUCUAGUCCUUCUGAAAUUGUAGUUGACAACUUUCUCCUCAGACAUAGUAACAGAAGCAGUCUCUGUCUUAGAAAUACCGAGUCCCUUUACGAAAUCAUUUUUCUGUUUGUGCAGCUCAUUGGGAUUCCUCCGACAUAUUCCAUCCGACGAACUGAUUUGAGACCUAUAAAGAUGCAUGAACUGCAUAAUGACAAAGAAAUGUCAAAAGGUUGAUGUUUAAGCCUUUUCCCCAACGCAUGUUAUGGCCAAUCUACAAAUCCAAAUUUGCUUCUUGCACCUUCACAUAUAUCGUCACAAUCUUUCUCUCUCUCUCUCUCUCUCUCUCUGAGAAGACAAGGUCUUGCCGGAACUCCUUACACACUUCCUGCAGGCGAUUUCAAGAGGAGUUUCCGCAUGUCAAAGGAGGCAAGGUCCAAACCCAUCAAUCUUAAAGAUGACAUCGUCCCACGUGUCUUGCCUUUUUCCUCGCACAUGCUCAAGACUUACGGAAGGACUUUCUUAACAUGGCGCGGACCUAUACCAACCAUCACCAUAAUGGAUCCUGAGCAAAUCAAGGAAGUGUUCAACAAAAUUUAUGAUUUCCAGAAGCCACAUACAACCCCUUUGGGAAGAUUGGUAGCCACCGGACUCUUUACUUAUGAUGGUGAGAAAUGGGCAAAACACCGAAGAAUCAUAAACCCGGCUUUCCACCUUGAGAAGAUCAAGAAAAUGGUACCUGUGAUCCACCAAAGCUGCAGCGAGGUUGUUGGCAAAUGGGACAAGCUAGUCUCGGAUAAAGGGUCGUCCUUUGAGGUGGACGUCUGGCCUUGGCUUGUGAGUAUGACUGCAGAAGUGAUCUCUCGUACAGCUUUUGGCAGCAGCUACAAAGAAGGGCAGAGGAUAUUUGAGCUCCAAGCGGAACUAGCAAAGCUCAUCGUAGUAUCGAAGGACUACAUCCCUGGAUAUAGAUAUCUCCCAACGAAAGCUAACAGAAGGAUGAAAGCAGCAGCUAGAGAAAUCCAAGUUAUACUGAGAGGCAUCGUUAACAAAAGGUUAAGGGCGAGAGAAGCUGGGGAAGCACCAUGCGACGAUUUGCUGGGUAUACUUCUUGAAUCGAAUUUGGGGCAAGCUAAAGGAAACGGACUGAGCACUGAGGAUGUCAUUGAGGAGUGCAAGCUGUUCUAUUUCGCCGGGCAAGAGACAACUUCAGUACUUCUGGUGUGGACGAUGGUUCUGUUAAGCCAACACCAAGACUGGCAAGCUCGGGCACGAGAAGAAGUGAAGCAAGUUUUUGGUGAUAAGGAACCUGAUGCAGAAGGUCUGAACCAUCUCAAAGUUAUGACGAUGAUACUAUAUGAGGUCCUUAGGCUAUCUCCUCCAGUAACCCAGCUGACCAGAGCCGUUCACAAAGAGAUGAAACUAGGAGAUUUAACAGUACCAGGUGGUGUUCAGAUCAAUCUGCCUGUUCUACUUGUCCAACGUGACACUGAGCUGUGGGGAGACGAUGCAGCGGAGUUCAAGCCUGAGAGGUUUCAAGAAGGUCUCUCAAAGGCAACAAAGAGCCAAGUCUCAUUCUUCCCCUUUGGAUGGGGACCAAGGAUCUGCAUCGGCCAGAGUUAUGCUCUGUUGGAGGCAAAGAUGGCGAUGGCAUUGAUUCUACAUAGAUUCUCCUUCGAGCUCUCUCCUUCCUAUGUUCAUGCGCCUUAUUUAGUCUUCACCAUUCACCCACAGUUUGGUGCCCAUCUUAUCCUGCACAAGCUAUAUAAUUCCAUAAACCCCAUGUGAUGUUUUGAAAUGAAGUUGCUGCUAUACAUACACGGAAAUGAAGGGAAAAUUAGAGCAGAUUCCCAGAAUUUUAUAUCACAAGAGAAUAAAAAGUAUAUUUGAAUUUACGUUUUUCAAGUAUAUAUUUUUUAUCA